AGAGAGUUAGUGAGUGGAGGAGGGGGUGACUGAAGUGAAGUGUCUCGGUGCGGUCCGCUGGUAUUUCAGGAAUGUGUUGAUCAUGGCGGCCGCUGUGAAGCCCGUGAAGAGCGGACUCUUGGAGCUGCGCGUUACCGUCGAUCACUGGAUCCGCGUCCUCGCGACUCUCAGCGGAGACUCGUUCACCGUCAGCCCCGGGGAACAUGCGGAAGAAUGCGCGAGAAGCGGCGGUCCCGCGCCCGGCGGGGCGCUUAACGGGGAUCCGGCGAAUCUCAGCGCCUCCCUGGUACCGGACACCAUCACUAACGUCAAGAGAACCGUGAAAGUAACAAAACAAGAAGUCGGAGGACUCGGAAUAAGUAUUAAAGGUGGAAAGGAGAAUAAGAUGCCCAUUCUCAUCUCAAAGAUCUUCAAAGGGCUCGCAGCAGACCAGACGGCCGCUCUUUAUGUCGGCGAUGCGAUAUUGUCAGUAAACGGCUACGACCUGAGAGAGGCGACGCAUGACGAGGCUGUGCAGACCCUGAAGAAAACAGGCAAAGAAGUCAUUCUGGAAGUGAAGUACAUUAAGGAGAUGUCAGCGUUUUUUAAGGGUGGAUCUACAUCUGGUCCUCCUGUUCUUGAUUCUCCACCAUCGACGCCUCAGAAACAGGUGGACCCUGCUCUUAAAGAGACACGGACCAUCCCACUCAAAAUGUGUCAUGUUACACGCAAACAGUGUCCACCUGAUACAGAAGACAGGUAUUUUGAGGUUGUCUCAUCAGACAGAAAGAAGUCUGUGUUUUUGAGGGCUAAAGAUCACGCCAUGGCUCAGUCCUGGUACAACGUCAUCCAGACGGGAAGUUCAGCGUUAUUGUCCGGUGCUAAAACUGAGUUGACUGCGCUGGAUCCCAACAUGGAAGUCAAACACAUCGGCUGGAUCAUCGAGCAGGGUUCAGAGCGGCCGAUAGUGGCGGUGUUGACGGACAGAGAUCUGUUGCUGUACCCAUCUUUACCAGACCGCAGAGAAACUCUAAACAAUCCUGAUAAGAGCUAUCCAUUAAUAACCACCAGGCUGGUUCAUUCUGGACCUGGUAAGAGUUCAUCUUUACACGACUCUGAGCUGACGUUUGGACUGCGGUUGGGCACUAAACUGGGUGUGGAGACUCAUCUGUUCAGAGUAGACACGGCUAAAGAUCUCUCCACAUGGACACAUCUGCUGGUGGACGGCUGUCACAGCGCCGCUGAGCUCGUACAAGAAGUCACUACAGCCUGUAGCUGGAACGGGAAGUCGUGUCUGUUGAGCGUUCAUAUAGACAAAGGCUUCUCGUUGUUUACGGAGGAGUCCGGCGUCAAGAGACAUGUCCUCCUCCAGCAGCCGUUCGAGCGCCUGCGUAUGUCCUCAGACGACGGCGUCCGUAUGAUGUUCCUGGAUUUUGGCAGUCCAGAAGCUGAGAUUCAACUGGACCUUCACUCCUGUCCUAAAACCAUCGUCUUCAUCAUCCACUCCUUUCUCUCGGCCAAGGUCAAGCGGCUAGGACUGUUGGCAUGACGACCUCGCCUCCACAGGUCGAUCGCCAUGACGACUAAGUGAACGGAGGACCACUGGACAACGAGCCAAACCUUCAGCACAGACUGUCAGGAGUCAGCGUUCAGCGUCUGAAGGCCAAAACUACUUUUCGAGCAUUCAAUGAAACCUCUCUUUCUUUCUUUCUUUUUCUCAAAGGUUUGGCCUUUAAAUUGUUUGUUUAUUUGUUUGUUUAUUACUUAAACCUUUUAAAAGUCUAAAUACCUGCGUGAACGGCAGUGAUUAAAAAGAUGUCGGCUCGGUCUCAAACUGUAUUGUGAUGAUAUUUGAAUGUUGUCUAGUUAGAAACCGAGCUGAUAUUUUCUUUAUUCAAGUGUUGUUCUCAUCAUUAAAGGGCUUUUAGUGUACAGCAGCUGUGAAAAGAAACUCACUAACAGAAGUAUUAAGGAAAAAGCCUUUAAAGUACAUAAUAACUUAAUAUUUUUCCUUUGAGUAUAAUCCCUUUAAACUUGCCACACUUUAAACUCUUGCAAUAAAUAAUGCUGUGGUAUCAUGAUACACUAUCAGAUGAUAAUACUGUGGUAUUUUGAUAUAUACUACGGUAAUAUAUUAUUUUCAUAUACCUUAAUAUUUACAUAGUUCUGAGGUGCAUCAAAACCACAGAAAACUUUUAUAGUCGUCUCUAAAACGACACUGUGGUACAAAACACUGUGGUACAUUUUUUGUAAGGGAAAGAUAAAAGUGUCUUACAAGUCUCAAUUUUGCAAACUUAAAAAUAAAACUUUGAGAGAAUUAUAAAUCAGAAAGCAUGAAGAUGCUUGUACUUACUAUUUUUGCAGUAUUUCCAGCAACACCGCAUGCAAGUUUUCUGUUGUAAUGCAGAAAUAAUUUUCCAAAAAAAUACUUAACACUACCAACAUCUCACAGAAAGUUGUGUUAUAGUCACGAAAAAUUUGAUUAAUUUAUUUGUGUCAAUGGCACGAAAUUAACUUUUUUUUCUUUUUCGUGUCACUUUACACAAAUUUUUAUAAAUAGUUUUUCGUGUCCAUUGCACGACUUUCUUGUAUCAUUUUAUACAUUCGUGCUCAAGGCACAAAAAAAGCUGAAUUUCGUACCAAGGACAUGAAUAAAUUAAUAAAUUUUUUGUGACUUUAACACGACUUUCCGUGAGAUCAGUCUGAACACUACACUGUAAGAAAAGAAAUGCAGCAUGAAGUUAAAACAACUUGGUUUUGAAAGUCAAUUCAACCUACUAUUUAGAGUUUUUUUGACUUGAAUAAGUUGACAUAACUUAUAAAAACAAGUUGAAAUUGUUUAACUUAAUUUGUUAAGUUAAAGUAACAUGAAAAUAUAUGUUGAUUUGACAAAAAUGCUGCAUCUUUAGAGUGUAUGUGAUGUAUCCCACAAUGCAUUGCGCUCAUGAAUCUUCCAUUUUCUGUGUGAUAAAAACAUCUUUUAUAAAACAUUAAGAAAUAUUUGACAUAUAAGUCAAGAUUUGUUGUAAUGAAUGAAAGAAUUCUGAAUCAAACAUGUCACAUACCUGUUAUUACACAGCAUAUUAAUGUUUGUUGCAUAAAUCAUACUUUUAACACGUAAGUCGCCUUUCGUUUUGUUCAGUUUUAGUUAUUUUAAGUUUGAAUCAUCUAUAUAAUAUUGGAUCAGCAGUAUGCCAUUUUGUUUUAAGCCUUAUUGUUUAAGUGCAUUUUGUUGCCUUUGAAAGAAUUUAAGUUUGAUUCCCACUUCAUUGUAACCAUAACCAGAUGUAUGAGUUUUCCAUUUACAGAGGAACGUUUAGAUGAAAAUGUCUCGAUGUGAAGUGGAAAAUCCUUUCUGUGGCCUUGCUAAACUCUACUAAAGUUUAAUAUAUAAUUCAUGCUAUAUUCAAACUAGGUUAGCUUUAAAAAGAAAAUCAUAUUAUAUCCUUAUUUAAACAGAAGAGUGCCUUCUAGGGUUGUUUGUAUAUACAAUUGCAAUAAAUAUAACUUGACUUUA